UGUCAACAACAAAAUAAGACUUGCAAAGUGAAGCAUUAAUUMAUCUUGUCUCGUCACUCAAGCAACUUAUCAGGACAUAUUAUAGAAGGAACUACAUUACUUUCCUCGACCACCUUUCAGUUCCUCGUUACUAGAGAUUGGGAUUUUGUYUUUUCGGUUACAAUKUUGAAGCUAAACUAGAUGUCAWUGUUAGCAGKACAAAGCCGUGUCGURCGAGGCAGUCUGCGAUGUCUUCUUUCGACACGUUUGACGAACAAAGGUUCAGGCUUCAAGUCCCUAUCGACUUUCUCUUCUACCCAUGAUUAUAUCAUKUGUGGUGCUGGUUCAGCGGGAUGUGUUUUAGCAAAUCGUCUGUCAGCUGAUCCCAACGAUAGCGUUCUAUUGCUGGAGGCAGGGCCAAAUGAUGCAUGGGCAAUACCAGUCCAGAUGCCUGCUGGUUUUGUGUUAACAUUAAACUCAACAACUUACAAUUGGUAUUACAACACAGUGCCGCAGAAAAAUCUCAACAACAGGAAUUUGUAUUGCCCUAGGGGGAGGGUGCUAGGAGGGUCAUCGUCCAUCAAUGGAAUGGUGUACAACAGAGGGCAUGCAUAUGACUAUGACAGAUGGGAGAGUGAAGGAGCCAAAGGCUGGUCGUAUYCUGACUGUCUGCCAUACUUUAAGAAGUCACAGAAGCAUGAGCUAGGUCCUAAUGAAUAUCGUGGGGGUGACGGGCCUUUACAUGUCAUUAGAGGAAAGUUGGAYAAUCCUCUUUUCCACGCUUUUCUCGAGGCAGGACAACAAGCUGGAUAUCCAACCACAGACGACACGAAUGGCUACCAYCAGGAAGGAUUUGGAAAGUUUGACAUGACAAUUUACAAAGACAACCGUUGGAACACACCCAAUGCAUUCAUUAGACCAGUUCAAAAGCAGAGAAAAGAACGCCUGAAAACCGAAACCAAAGCGUUGGUAACAAGGGUCCUAUUCGAGGGAAAUAGAGCUGUGGGAGUUGAGUACGAGAAAGCUGGGCAGAUAACGAGAGCAAAAGCAAACAAAGAAGUGAUUCUGUCAGGAGGAGCAAUCAACUCKCCUCAGCUCCUAAUGUUGUCUGGGAUUGGUGAUGGUGAUGAACUAAAAAAGCAUGGUACCCCUGUGGUUUGUCAUCUACCAGGGGUGGGGCAGAAUCUACAGGAUCAUAUGCAGCUUUAUAUACAAUAUGCUUGCAKCAAACCAGUAUCAAUUUACAGUGAUUACCAACUGAUGUUUAUGCUGUCGACUGGAAUUAAAUGGCUUUUAACUGGAAAAGGACCAGGAAGGACCUCCCAAUUAGAAGCUGGUGCCUUUAUCAGAAGCCAUGAAGAUGUUACUCAUCCUAACAUUGAGCUCCAUUUCGUACCAAUUCUUAACCAUGACCAUGGUCGACGACCACCGUCACAACACGGAUAUGGGUUGCAUGUCGGUCCAUUACGAUCUCAAAGCAAAGGUUCCAURAAGUUGAAAUCAGCCAACCCACARGACCAUCCCGAUAUUGAUUUCAACUAUAUGUCAACCCAAAGAGACUGGGAAGAGAUGAGAGCAACUGUGKGACUUAGCAGAGAAGUCUUUCAGCAAAYAGCGUUUGAUGAAUUCAGAGGAGAAGAACUCAGUCCUGGCAAAGAAUUUCAAAGUGACAAACAAAUCGACGAUUUCGUACGCGAAAAUGCACAAACUGUCUACCAUCCCACAAGCUCCUGCAAGAUGGGUGACRCUUCUGACAAAAUGGCUGUGGUCGACAAUGAAGCGCGCGUAUUUGGUGUUGAAGGACUUCGUGUGGUAGACGCGUCUAUUAUGCCAAGUGUGGUCAGCGGUAAUACCAAUGCGCCCACGAUCAUGAUCGCWGAGAAAGUGGCCGACCAUAUCCUUGGCAACCCGUUGUUACCAAAGCUAAAUGUACCCGUUUAUGAAACGCCAAAGAAUAGACAAAGAUAGCCUUUCAACAUGAUGAACACUCACAAGCCUUAAAGAAAGCGGCGGACAACUUGGUGAACCGUUGUUGGCAAAGCAAUUCGUUGACGUGUACAAAAUUAAUCGCCAGAAAAGGGACUUUUGAUUUCUGACUAGAGACAUUUAUGUACUCCUCAAGUAGUCUAGAAUUUUCAAUGUGAAACUCUGGUUACGAUACCYGAGACUCGUAAUAUAAACCAUUUAUACCUCUUUACCACAAAUGCAUCAUUUACUGGGCAAAAUGCAGAAGUGGUGUCACAUUGUGUAACAAUCACCCCCGUAAAACCAUAUGAAGCAAAAAAAAAAAACACAUUAGAACAACAAAAUGUUAACAAAAGAUUUAGUUGGCUGUUUAGUGUUUGACAAUAUUGUAGUUUUGCAGUACCAAUCUGUAGCAUUUUGUAUAUGGAUUGUCCAUGUAAUGUUAAAAUAAAGAUGAUACAUCUACC